GAGUGCGGUAUUUGAAUCGUCGCAGCUGCGCUGUUGUUCCUGCGCUCGCACUUGGUGUUUGAACGGACAAAAAGGAACGGGAGAGUGAAUCGAGCACACGAUCUUGUUGUUAAAAAUUCGUUUUUGAGGUUUUAAGUCUUUUUCACGGCCACCAAUAUGGACCUUCGCGCUGUUUACCGCAAUGCAGAGAACCCGACUCUAGUUGGUGGCAAGGCCGGUGCUGUUAACGUUGGAGUGAGGAGGGCUGUCCUGAGCGAACUGUCUAACUUUGCUGCCAAACCUGCAAAGACUACGAAGGGUGUUAAGGCAGCAGCUCAGCCAGCUGCUGUGCAACCAAAACGUGUCCCAGUUCUACCAGAGGUCCUCCCUCCUGCUCCGGUUGCUUCACCAGUUCAGGCCGACGUCUCCAUGAAGGAGGAAGACGAGCUGUGCCAGGCGUUUUCCGAUGCCCUUUGCCCCAUUGAGGACAUCGAUCGGGGUGAUGAGGACCUCCCGCAGCUGUGCUCUGAAUACGUGAAGGACAUCUACGUGUACCUCCGGAGCCUUGAGGCCCAGCAGUCGAUCCGUCCGAGAUACAUGGACGGCUACGAGAUCAACGAGCGUAUGCGUGCUCUUCUGAUCGACUGGCUCAUUCAGGUGCACUCAAGGUUCCAGCUUCUCCAGGAAACCCUGUACAUGACCGUCGCCAUCCUCGAUCGCUUCCUUCAGGCUCAACCGGUGUCCCGGAGGAAACUGCAGCUGGUCGGGGUCACUGCAAUGUUGCUCGCUUCCAAGUAUGAAGAAAUGUACGUCCCAGAGGUCGGGGAUUUCGCCUACAUCACGGACAACGCCUUCACAAAACCGCAGAUUCGGGAAAUGGAGAUGCUGCUUCUCAGAGAGCUGAACUUUGAGCUCGGUCGCCCGUUGCCUCUUCACUUUCUCAGGAGAGCUUCCAAGGCUGGAAAUGCUGAUGCAGAGAAGCACACCCUUGCCAAGUAUUUUCUCGAGCUGACCCUGUUGGACUACGACAUGGUCCAUUACCAUCCUUCAGAAACUGGUGCUGCUGCUCUGUGCAUCUCUCAGCUUGUGGUUGAUGGACAGAAAUGGUCUCCAACGCAGGAGUACUACACCACCUACAGCGAGGCCCACCUGAAGCCCAUCAUGAAGCACAUGGCCAAAAAUGUGGUCAAGGUUAACGAGGGACUCACCAAAUACGUGGCUGUAAAGAAAAAGUACUCGAGCAGCAGGCUCAUGAAGGUCAGCCUGCUCCCUCAGCUGAAGUCUUCACUCCUGAAGGACCUCGCUGCCUCUCUGCUCACAUCUUGAUCUUUUUUCCCCCAAACGAUCGUAGACUCCAAUCUGCACUUUAUCACUAAUCAGCCAUUGGAAAUGGACUGCUGCUUUAAAGAUGUAUAUAUUAUGUGCAAAUUAACUGAAUUUUUAUCUUUUUCUUUCAUUUUUUAAAUGAACAUGUACCACUUGCAAUUCAAUUUUUUUUAAGUAGUUUUACUGUCACUUUUUUAGAUGUUCUUGCUGAAUUUUUGCCUUCAGGAGUUGACUGGAACAUUUCAAUAAAAAGUCCAAAGAUGUUCUAACUCUAAA